UUCAAAAUGAUUAUAAUUGUAACAGGGCAAACAAUUGGGAGGUAAAGUUUGCUAAAUAGAUAUAGGAUUGGAUAAACAGCUUUUGUUUAAACUACGUGUAAUUAGAUUGUGAGUAGGGGGAUGUUUUAGACCGGGUCUAAAAAAAGACUUGUGUUGAUACCGAAGCUGGAAUCGGUCCAAGUGUGGAGUUCCAAUAUUACAACAGACAGAGUCGAGAGGUCUGACCGGUCAGUGGCAGUAUGCGAAUGCCGAGGGAUGAGCGAAGCGGACUUAAGGCGGGACUUUGGCCAGGUGGUGGCCGAACUGGAAGCGCUGAAAAGGGACAACUCGUACUUGAGGAUGAAGAUACGCUACUUGGAGUCGGGUGGCGGAAGGGAGAAGGUGUGCAAAGUUUCCAAGUGGACUAAGGUGAAAGGCGCCCUCGGAUGGGAAAAGGAAAAGGACGAGCUUUUGACUCUCAAAGUACCCAACUCUUCGAGCGACCCGUCUUCUUCAAUCAGCGUCAGUCCAGCAGGCUCUUGCCGAAGCCACUCAUCACUUGGCGUUCAGAUCAACAUAUCUCGCCCCGAGUCUUCUUCCUCCUCGGAAGAAGACAUACUCACAGAAGCAACAGGACGGAGUUGUUCGACGCUACGAAACAACAACGGUUUCAGCGGGCAAGAAGAGGGAAGAAGAAGCAAAUCCCUUGAUGGUGAAACAUCAAAGUCACUGGAGGAACAUAUAGCAAAUAAGAAGUUGGACGUCAAAGACUUCGGCACGAAGCACAAGACACCAUGGAGCAAGGUGAAAGGUAUCAUAAAUAACACGAAAAGUGUAAGGAAGCGAAGUCAGGAGGAGAAAAGAGACAAAAUACUGAUUCUACAUGGACCAGAACAGCAGCAAAGUGGAGAUGAAGAACACAGCACUGUGAAACUGACCGCCCCUAAGCUCACCCUGACUCUACCUUCCAACGAGGAAUUCUGCACGGAAUUGAAGAAGCAGCAAGAUACAGGCAACAAAGACACGAAUCGUGGGGCUUCACCUCAGCUGUCGAGAAAGUCGAAAUGGUUCAAAGUCCGCAACGUUUUCUUACAGGGUUCCAGCUCUGCACCCGUCAGCCCGAUUAGAUUGGAAAGCUUUAUAUACGACAUAGAGUCAGAUGAAAUCAGCAGCGGUGACAUACUCGGAGAGAAAGAGGACGAAGUAUUUCAGGACAAUAUCAGAUACGAAAUUGAACUCGGAUUCGCCCAACUUCAGAGCCGGCUCACUGAUGAGUUUUCAAAGAAGAUGGAGAACAUCGCGGAGAGAAAACGGACGGAUACGAGGGACCAAAAUAGAGAGCGUGACUUGUCUCCGGAAUUCAAGAAGAAAUUAGAAGAGUGGGACAGGAUAAAACAAGGUAAAGAACAGGCAAAGAAAGGAGACAAAGAUAAAGAAAAGAACAAAAAUAAAAACAACGAAAGGUCCAAGAAAACAAGACUGACUGGAAGACAAGAAGUCCUCAUACCGACAUCGACGGGGAUGUUCCGAUUUGAAGGCAUCUCCAACAAAUUUACAAGACGACUGUACGAAUGGGAGCAAGCCAGAGGGAUAACACCGGAAGAGUCGACCUUCGUCUUUUUGGACCCGGAGUAUAAACCGACUUUUUCCCACAGCCAAAUUGAAAAUGGUGUCUUGAUCAGAUCAAAGUCCAUAGGGAGCAUCAGGGGAGCGUCGAACAGCCCGAUUCUUGUCCAGCAACCGUCCAGCCUUUCUCUCAACGAUCUCCAAGCCUGCACCGAUAAUUUAAUGGAAUUGGGAGUACCUACAACGUCGGAUAGUGAAGCUGCAGGAGUUAACCACCCCUUUUAUGCUCCUGAAGAAGUGACACGGCUCAUAGAUUCCAGUAGCGGGGAGAGUGAUAAAGAAAUGACACGCCAACAGGUCGUCAAUUCGAGCUACCAAGUUUUACAGGAAAAUAUCGAAUUGUUGGACAAAUUAAAAAAAGAGAGGGACGCUUGCAGGCAACUUGAAGAUGACAUGCGGUUAUUGGAAGGACAGAUAUACAACGUUUCUAAAUCUUUCGACUGUCAAGAUGGAAUUAAAUGCGGUGUAGGAAAUCUCGACAAGGUCGACAUGUUCGACUACGAUCCCGAGAUACUGUCUGAGAACCUUCAGAUGAUACGAAACAGCGAAAAUAGUCGGAUUUUAGGGCCAGCAAGGGAGUUUACAGUCAAAUUCGACGACUUCAAAAGGGUCGAAACGACGAUGGCGGACGAAGAGUUUACACAGGUGGACUACCUACCCUACGAUCACGGUUUCACAUCUUUUAAUAGGGUGGACUCACCAGUUCAUGAGAUUUUAAGGGAAUUGAUUGAAAUGACUGAUCAACUAGAAUCGGCCGUGGUUGAAAGGGACAAGGAAAUGUUUCAAAUCAAAACCGCCCUUUUCCGCAAACAGCUGGAAACUAGUGAAAACAGCUUCUCCUUGUUUACAUUGCCAGUACAAUAUUUACGAGGAAGGAGAUCCCAGGAGUUAUCGCAGUUUCCCAAGCAGAUCAUGGACAAGAUUCUUGAGUUGAAGCAGGCCAUAAGCUCAUCCUCGUCUAUAACAGAUCUCAUACUCGACCAGCCGUUCAACCCGCCGAGAGUAUUGCAACGAACCGUCGGUCAUGAAGAUCUCAGCCCCGACUACAGGCCACUCAGUCAGACUUCGUCCUCCGCCUCGUCCUUCAGCUACUUGAACCCUGGCUUUAGGACACCUCAGGAUUAUUCAUUUCCGUGCCAGUACGACCAAAACAAGUGUACCAUGGUUCAGGAAUCCAUUAUCGUAGAUCCUCGAGACUCCAAACGAGAAUGCGAAAAGGACACCAAUUCUUGUAAUGUCUUUGUUCCAACAACAAGAAAGAUAUUUUCACCAGUGAAUGAAAAUAAAGCAGUCAGCCUAGUAAUAGAAGAAGAGAAAGAUGAAGAAGGAGGAAGAAAUGAAGAAGAAGAGGAGGAAGAAGAAUGUGACGAUUCAUCAGAAGAAACUGAAAAGGCAGGGGAAGAAGAGAUCAAUACUCAGAUAGUGUUGAAAGACCGAGCCAAACUUAAAUCUCAGAGUUCAUCUCCAGUACCAGAAAGGAAGCCUCAGAAAUAUUCUUCCGUUUCAAUUCUUCUCGAUAGUGAAAACGGUGUGGUCAACCCACCACCUCUGCUUGUAGAAGAGAUGAAGUUAGGCGAAGAAUUGGCCAGCAGUUUGAGGCUUAGAGCCUUAAGAAUCCAAAAGGCAAAGGAAGAAUUCCUGAGCGGGCGGCACAACUCUGUGACCAUCGUAGUCGAAGAACUCAAUUCAAACCCAACAACGCUUCUUGUCAAGUCCGCCAGUGCUGGCCUAAUUGCCGAAGACAAAGAGAAUCCUUCAGGAAAGAAAAACGACAACCUUUUAUGCCUUUUGAGGAAGAAAUUCAAAAAAGAAGGCACAGUAGUCUCACUGGCGAGACAGGUUGAAACAACACCGGACCCAUCUCACACCAAAAGCUGCCCGUCCUCUCCUGUCCUUAAUAAAAAAUCUGAAUCAACCAGUUGGAUCAAAAAUCCCGCGAAAAUAUUAUUUAGGCCAAAAGGUAAAUACACGAUAAAUAACAAGUGAUGUUUACUAUCUUAUAUUUUAUACCAUUAUUUCUAACCUUUUU